AUAGUGGCUGCAGCUUUGGCACGCGGUGCAAUACGAGCCACGCCCAGGUCUGCAAUCUUGGCCACCAUCUCCGAGUUGAUGAGAACGUUUCUGGCGGACAAGUCUCGGUGGAUGAUGGGUGGCCAUCGCUCGUGUAGGGACAUGACAAAACACUGGAGAAAAGGCAGCCUUCAUAAUUCUACCUAGACAGCCUCUUCCAGUGUCAGUAGCUAAACGAAUACAUAGUUACAAAAAUAAAUGCAUUCUGCUGUCUGGUGUG